AAAUUGAAAUAGUGUAAAACUUGUUUUAAGUAAUUCAACAGAAUAAUUAAUUUGCUAAAAUGGACCAGUUUAUAGGCAAAUUCGUGCAGACCUCAAGUGAUAAUAUGGACGCUUAUAUGAAAGAGUGCGGACUGGCGGACAAAAUACAAAAGUAUAACUCAAAGCCACGGAUACUGGAGGUGAGCAAAGUGGGCGCUGUCAUCACGAACACCAUGAUCUUCGGCGACAAUUCAUCGGUAAACGAGUUCGAGUUGGACAAGGAGUUCGACGCCACCCUACCGGACGGCACGCCCUGCCGGGCGGUCGUGAGACUGGAUGGCAACCGACUCGUGGAGACGCGGAGUCGAUGCGGAGUUAAAGACAUUGAGAAUUAUCGCGAGUUUGUCGGCAAUGAGCUCCGGAUGACCUUCAAUAUCGGGUCCGUGGUUGCUGUGCUCACAUUCGCGCGCCAGUAGGCAAUAAUGUUGUUAGCAUGGUGGGUUAGUAGAUUAGAUAUGUUUGCGACAAUUGUCUAUAGAAAUUGUCAUCAUUAAUUUCUUUCGAGUGUAAC